AUGGCACCCGUUGCCAUAGCGGCGCGGGCGCUGCUGCUCCUGGCCACGGUGGGUCCGGCGGCCGCGCUAUGGCCGCAGCCACAGCUGCGGCGCUCCCCGCCGGCCCCCGCCCGCUGCCCGCUGCCCCUCGCCCGCUUCCGCUUCGCGCACGCCGCCGGCUCCGCCGUGGGGCCGGGCUGCGCCGUGCUGGACGAGGCCUUCCAGCGGUACCGGGCGCUGAUCUUCGCCGCGGCGCGGCCCGCAGAGAACAAGCAGCCCUGGAGGACAUCCUGCACUGAACUCCUCGUCUCAGUUGCCACACCAGGCUGCAAUGGCUUUCCCAACCUGGACUCCAAGGAGAGCUAUAAACUGAAUAUCUCAAGGGACUCCAUGCUGCUCUAUGCCGACGCUGUCUGGGGAGCUCUUAGAGGCCUGGAGACAUUCAGCCAGCUUGUUGGGAGAGACGAGAACGGCAUGUACUAUAUCAAUGAGACAGAAAUUGUAGACUUUCCCCGCUUCCCUCACCGAGGCCUGUUGCUGGACACCUCUCGCCACUACCUGCCUCUGAAAGCCAUCUUGGAAACUCUGGAUGUCAUGGCUUACAACAAGUUAAAUGUGUUCCACUGGCACAUUGUGGACGAUCCAUCUUUCCCGUAUGAGAGCUUUACUUUCCCGGAGCUUAGCAAGCAGGGAGCCUUCAAUGCCAUGACCCAUGUGUACACAGCCAGUGAUGUGCAGACAGUAAUCGAGUAUGCUCGUCUCCGUGGCAUCAGAGUCAUUGCAGAGUUUGACACACCUGGGCACACGCUUUCCUGGGGUCCAGGUGCUCCAGGCCUCCUGACUCCCUGCUAUUUGGGCAAGGAUCCUUCUGGGACCUAUGGGCCCAUCAACCCCAUCUUCAACACCACCUACCAGUUUGUGACCAGUUUGUUUCAGGAGAUCAGCGCAGUGUUCCCAGACUACUUCAUUCACCUCGGUGGCGAUGAGGUGGAUUUCACGUGCUGGAAGUCCAAUCCAGAAAUUCUUGUCUUCAUGAAGAAGAUGGGCUUUGGUGAAGACUACACAAAAUUAGAAUCAUACUACAUCCAGAGACUCCUGGACAUCGUCUCUUCCCUUGGCAAGGGCUAUAUGGUGUGGCAGGAGGUGUUUGACAAUGGAGUGAAGGUGAGGCCAGACACGAUCAUCCACGUGUGGAAGAACAAUCUGCCGUAUGCGGAGGAGAUGGCAAAUGUCACCAAGGCUGGCUACAGGGCUCUGCUCUCUGCCCCCUGGUACCUCAACCGCAUCUCCUACGGGCAAGACUGGAUGGCAGCCUACCAGGUGGAGCCCUUAAAGUUCAGUGGCAGCACUAAGCAGAAGGAUCUGGUGAUUGGCGGGGAGGCGUGCAUGUGGGGUGAAUACGUGGACGUCACCAACUUGACCCCCAGGCUCUGGCCGAGAGCCGGGGCUGUGGCUGAGAGACUUUGGAGUAAUGCAACAGUGAGGAACCUGCAAGAUGCUUAUGUGCGGUUGGCUGACUUCCGCUGCGAGCUUCUCAGGCGGGGUGUCCAGGCAGAGCCUCUCUUC